AUGGACACGUUGGCCUGGCAUCUGCAUCACGAUAGACUUUGCCUCGCUCAUCUUCUGAUGGUACUGCUUGAAGGAUCCAGGCUUGACACGCCUCGCGAAGUGAUAACAAAAUGCCACGGAGAUUUUUCACACGUCCGCGGUGCCGUCAAGGCCGUUCUUGUCAGAUUGCCGAGGACCCCAGUGACGGUGCCGUUGGGGGGUGCGAAGGUGACGCCGGCAGUAACGGAGGUAUUUCUUCGUGCUCGCCGCAUAGCGGAGGCAGAAGGGUCUUUAACUGGCGUGCAACACGUCUUUUUGGCUCUUCUUUACUGUCCUACCUUCUAUAAAAUACUCGUCAAUAGCGGAUGCGAUGUGGAACUUUUUAAAGAGGAGCUAUCCCUGGCGUACAAGAACACGCCGAUGCCAAACACCUCAGGCACAACGGAGCAGCUGACGAAGGACUUUGAUAUAACGCAGUACGGCGAGGACUUGACAGAAAAAGCAGCGAAGGGAAAGCUGCAGCCGGUGAUAGGCAGAGACGAAGAAAUAGACAGGAUCGCACAGAUAUUGAGCCGCAUGAUGACGAAGGCGCCCCUCCUGAUUGGCGAGCCGGGGGUUGGCAAAACCGCUGUCAUCGAAGGACUUGCUCAACGCAUUGUCGAGGGUGCAGUGCCUAAGGGUUUGCGAGGGCGGCGGAUAAUAUCGCUUGAUUUGUUGAAUUUGUCUGCUGGCACGUCUAUGCGGGGAGAGUUUGAAAAGCGAAUGAAGGAGAUCAUUACUUUUCUGCAAAGAAGAAAAAAAGACGUUAUUCUCUUCGUAGACGAAAUUCAUACGCUUGUCGGCGCUGGCAAAACCUCUGGCUCUUCCGAUGCAACGCAAAUACUCAAAGUGCCGCUCGCAAGAGGAGAGAUCGUCUUGGUAGGUGCGACAACUUUAGAAGAAUACAAGUUACACAUUGAAAAGGACGCCGCCUUCUGCCGCCGAUUCCAAAAUAUCGUCGUUGAAGCGCCGAGCAAAGAAAGGGCUCUUUCAAUCCUGAAGAAGGUGAAAACCAACUACGAGAAAUUUCACAGCGUUGAUUUGUCAGAUGAGGUGUUGGAGGGAAUUGUGGCUCUGUCAGAUCAGUACGUAAAGCAAAGGUCCUUUCCGGAUAAGGCCCUCGACUUGUUGGACGAGGCGUGCUCUUGGAAAAAGGUCUCGCACAACAAGCAAAUUGUAGUCCUGAAGAGAAAAAUUGAAGAGGCAGGAAAAAAGAAAGACGAAACGGCAGCUGAAGAGCUGCAGAAGUGGAAAGACGAGUUGGCUGCUCUCGAGGAGCUGACAGCUAAUGGGCGUCGCUUGGCGUUGAGUUUGCAUGACGUGGCGCACAUAUUGCAUUUGUGGACGGGUAUUCCUCUCGGCAAAAUGACAGAAGACGAGAUCUCGAGGGUACUUCGGCUCGCAGAUAUUCUUUCUUCGCGAGUUAUUGGGCAGCAGCAGGCAGUGAAAGCAGUGGCGGAUGCGCUGGCGAUCCAGCGGGCGGGUCUCAGUCCAAAGAAUAAACCCCUCGGCACGUUCAUGUUUUUAGGGUCUUCAGGUGUGGGUAAAACGGAGUUGGCUAAGGCCGUAGCUGAGGAGAUGUUUGACUCGGAGAAGAAUUUGAUUAGGCUGGACAUGGUGGAGUACCAAGAGGCGCACAGCAUUUCUCGCCUCAUCGGCCCUCCCCCCGGGUACAUGGGCAACGACGAGGGUGGCCAGCUGACGGAAGCCGUUCGCCAGAAACCCCACAGCGUCGUUCUCUUUGAUGAAGUAGAAAAUGCACACAAGAACCUUUGGUCUGUCCUCCUACCUAUGUUGGACGAGGGCCAUCUGUCGGAUUCGAAGGGGAACCGGGUUGACUUUACGAAUUGUUUGAUUAUUUUGACAUCAAACAUUGGCCAGCAACAUAUCCUUGAGGGUUAUAAAGAAGCUCGUGCUUUGUCUGCGUCUAACGAGAAGGCAGGAACAACUGAAACAGCAGCAGGGGGGGCAGCAGAAGACGGCAACGGCGGCAAGGAGCCGGCUGCUGCAGCCACCGGCGGUUUUAAAGGCAGCGGCAAAUCGCCUAGAGACAUUUUAAAAAGGAUGCGACAGAGCGUGAUGAAGGAGGUCCUCGGCUACUUCAAGCCGCAGGUCAUCGGAAGAAUGAGUGAAAUUAUUAUAUUUGAGCCUCUAAACACGGCGGCGUUGAAGGGUGUGUUGAGCCUGAAGUUGGCUGGCUUAACGAGAAGCUUGGCAGCCAAAGGUGUUGACUUUAAGGUGACCGAUUCCGCCAUGACGUUCAUCCUUGAAAGAGCCUCUUCGUAUAAAUACGGAGGGCGCAGAAUGGGAAAGUAUUUGGAGAAGUACAUAAAGCCUCGCGUUGCGCCCUUGUUGAUAUCUGGGAAGGUGAAGUCUGGCGACCGAGCGGUUUUGGCUCGCUCUAACACAAACCCCAACCAACUAAACCUCAUCAUCUGUGAGUUGGACGAAGCGGGCAACUGCCGGCCUGGAACCAAGUACGGAACCAAGUUGGUCGUUCAGGAGGUGAAAACGCAAGAGGAUGGGGAUGAUGAUGAAGCAUUGGAGUGA